GAAGGGCCGGGAGAACCUGUUAAGGCAGUUGAGCUGGGGAACACCUGGAUUAGAAGAGCCACAUAGUACUCAUUCCAGGGCUACCUCCCCUGUGCCUCCCUUUUCCUGCCUCCUCCUGGAGGACCUGUCAGCUUAGAGGACCCAGGGCCCAGGGUGCUGGUGGGGGAAGAGGAGUGGCCUGUUGGGGGCUCUUCUCAUUUGUGAUUCUCAUGGUGCCCAGGCCCCUUGAGGAGUGAGGCAGUGAUGGCGGACUGCUACACAAAGCAGGAGAAGGCGGUUGUAGUUCUGGUGGAAAACUUCUACAAAUACAUGUCUAAGAACAUCCUAGUCAAGAACAAGAUCAGCAAGAGCAGCUUCCGAGAGAUGCUUCAGCAUGAGCUCGACCACAUGCUGACGAAUACGAGGAGCCGAGAGGCUGCUGACAAAGUCAUCCGGGAUCUGGACAAAAACCAGGAUGGAUGCCUCGACUUUGAGGAGUACUGGAGCUUUAUAGAAGACAUCACCAGACGCAUCGCCAACUUCAUCCGCGAGUAGGAGCAGCAGAGCAGCAGCUAAAGAC